AUGUUCCUACGCAGUGGUCUGCUGCUGCGGCGGUACAGCAACCGCGCCGGCAAGGCCCCCGAUCUCAAGACCAGUUUCGCCAAAACCAGCAACUUCAAACGCGCGGAGAAACUCACACUCGCCACUGCAGACGGGGAUGUCGUCCGGGGCCGCGGUAAAGUCCGCCGCCGCACACACAGUGCCCUCAAAGACGCCAUUGCCGCGAUGGAGCACCCCGCCAUUUGGCUGUGGUACCCGUGGCGGAUGAAUCCAGAGCCGCCCACACCGCACAUGCCCCGCAGACGCGCCUUAAAAAAUCUCUACGGUGCCGUUUACUCUGAUCUCACACCUGUGCAGAAGAAGCGGCAAGAGCAGAUGCUGUAUGGUGUGAAUAUACCAGAAACACGACAGAUGAAGUUUGAAGAGGCACACCCACUUCUCGCUGGGGCACUACGGCAAUUAGAUGGACAACCGAAGGGAUUUCCAUUUUGGUAUAAAAAGUAUCCAACACGACGUCAUGCUUAUGAGAAUCGAUUUAGUAUUCCGGCAGAGAUGUUGGAUGGGUAUAGUGAUGAUAUGAAGAAAGCUCUCUCCAAGAGUAUGAUGACGAUUCAGGAAAAACAGUUUGCACAGGAAUCUAUGUAUAUGGAACGAUAUGCAGAACAUGAUUUUGAUACCACAAGUCCAGCCGUUUUAGCUGUUAAACGUGCCCUUAAGUGUCGUGUAUUACGAAAUCAUUUAUUAACUAAUCCUCACAAUAAUAUUAUUAAAACUGUUUUGGCAAACACAGAAAGAAAACUUAAUCAUGCAUUACGAAAACUACGAAAGGUGGAUUUUAAAAAAUAUUGGGAAAUUAUUCGUGAUCAUGAUGUUCAAGAUAUACUUCAACCUUCUAAUUUGGUAACAUAUCGACAAGGUGCCUAUUGGAAGUAUGAUUGGAAUGCCGGAUUAGCCAUUUCUACUAAUCUCGCCGAUGUAUUGGACCCACGUGGAUUAAAUGGAUGUGUGGAGACUGGACGUUCACGUUCAGAAGUGGCUCGUGAUUUAGGUCUUUCCUACACACGUCCUCUACAAGAUAAUGAAAAGAAACAACUCUCACAGCAGGCGGUCUAUUAUGAACGAUUGGCGAAGUUUAAGAUGGAACAACCAGAAGCAGCGAGAGUACAAGAACGUGAACGGUUUGUUCGUAAGUUUUCAGGCAUGUUUGCAAAGAUGGAUAUUAAGUCUGGGGCACCGGACUUCCCAAGUACAUACCGUAAACUGUUAGGCACAAAGGUGGUGCGCUGGUCCUCUAAGCGGCACGGUCCUGCGUAG